AUGAGGCGUGCACACAGACAUUCUGACGGGCAUGGAGUCGGCGGCGUAAUGAGCGACGCCAGUGCGGUGGUGUUCGCGGUCGAAGAGGCAGCCUGCACAGAACCACAAAAAUUUAUCAGUGCAGAUCGCAACCUCAGCAGUGACGCUGGAUAUUGCCACGGUUCAGCGAACGAUGCGGCGGGGCAGGCGACGCUGCUGGAGCGCUUGUGGAGACGAGUAGAUCACCUUAUUAGCGAUAUUUCCUACACGGUUGAGGAGCGCUUCAUUAUUCCACAGAAGAUUUCUGCCAUGCCGGGCCUCAUUGAGGAAGAGGUCACCCAUAGGCAAAGCUUUUUAGUGCUUGUGGGGCACUUCAUCUCGAUCGUCAUUGUUAUGGUGAUUGCCGCCUAUUCGCGCCGCCUCAGCCAUCUGAUGAGUGGGGUGUCGCCAGUGGUGGGUGAGAUUCUGUUUUGCGCGUCACAUCUUUCGCAGGUGACUCAGGAGCAGCUGGGCUGGAGCCUUUUCUGCAAUGGCUUCCUGUCGUCCAGCACGCGUGAUUGGGCAGUGGUGGAGGGCGGGGUCAGCGGCGGUGUGGUGAUGGCCAACGGGGCAGCUGGCCAUGGCUCCAAACGGCAGAUGCUUGGAGCUAUUGGCGGUGGCGGGAUUGGUGCCAACGGCGCGUUGGCCGGUGAAUCGCAGGGCUGGGCUGGGAUGGGCAGUGGCGGUGCCGGAGGCAUGAUGGUCUUUCCGAACACGGGCGGGAGCUUAGUGCGUUACUUGUUGGGACGCAAGGCAAACAACAUGAUUCGCCACGAGUCCCUGAGGUCGUACUUGUACUCGAGCUUUUACUCACCGUCAGCAUUCUUGGUGGAGCAGACGGCGUGGUUUGUCUUGUUGGCGACGACGAUGGAUGUGGUCACGAUGCAGCGGCUAGCCGUAGCCGUCUUCUUCGCGAAUGUUGUGGGGUGGCUGCCGGUGUACUCUGUCAAGUUGUUGGCAAGACUGGGGACCGCACUGGCGGUUGUGCUCAUUUUUUCGAUUCCUUUCUACGAGGUGGAUGACACAGUGACCUCCUCAUUGGUGCAUCACUCCAUGUACCACGUGCUUUCGGCCUACUGCGUUUCCCUAUGCAUCACACUGCUGUUUGCUGAAACGCUACUGUUCGAUGAUGUGCGGCGAGUGCUCGUCCAGGGUGUCGUCACGCUACCGCAGCGGCUGCUGCGCGUAGCCGGGCAUCUCUCCGUCGCCACAAAGCUCGUGCGAGGGUGCAUGUGGCUGCGGUGCGAGUACCUUUACUUUGUCGAUUUUUACUUUUUCUUAGGGAUUAUGUGUUGGCUGUCGCUCGUUUUGAUGGAAACAGGAGCGGGGAUCUCGGUGUUUGCCACUGCAGCGUUAGUCAUUACGGUGCCGUCGUUGGUUGGCAACGGGUGGAUGGCAACGCCGAUGCGGGCGCUCAAGGACACUGUCAUUUAUGUCGGUUUCUACGUUGUGACAGCACUUCUGCUCUUCCACGUCGUGCCGUGGAGCGGGCUGGCAUUUUUGUCCAACGCUGUACAGUCAGCCGCAGUUUUGCUGCUCAUGGCCGCACGCUGCGAAUACAAGCAGCCAGGUGGGAGCGCGUACCUGAUUCUUUGGGUGACGAUGAUGUGCGUCUAUAUGUACCUGAAAUCUAGCGCGACGCGCGGGAUGUCGAGAUCUUUGGUGUGGGCCACCAACAACUCAAACUCGCGCGCGAACUUCGAGAAGGUGACGCAUGCCGUGUGGUACGGCGUGCCGGAGGUGGAGGGGGCGGUGUUCGACCUGCUUCGCAUUGUGUUCAUCGCUUUCUGGCAGUUUCUCUUUGAAGGCUUGAGUGAGGAGGGGGUCCAACUGCUGCACUUCAACGUUGUUGUGUUCGGCUCAAUGCUGUUGCUUUCCACCGCGGUGCGCGCCGUGGUCGUGGAGGGCGUGCGCUUCUCGAGCCCUGGUCAAUGGGUCUUGCCCUCAGCGGAGGCCACAAGCACACCUGCUACGGCAUCAACACCGACGAGCGCGACGGUUGCUGCGAUCAAAGGUGAGCACAACGUUGGUGCUGCACAGGUCUUUCCAGGGCGCGACUCCUCCUCCUCCCGUGGUGUAUCGAACGCCCUUUCCUGUAGUGCGCCAGCGCCCUCAUCAUUUGCAAAGAGCAAAUCCACGCAGCCGUGUGGUGGCGCAAAGGCCUCGUCUCUGUCGACUGCAAGUAGUGCAAGACGCUCAUGGCAAGCGCCCUCUCGGACUGCUGCGGCCGACGGCAAUACCUACGUCGGUGGUGCAGGCCGUGGUGGGGCAGCAACGCCAGGGGUGGCUGGAUCGGAGGAGACUGUGACGGAUACACGCGUGGCACUCAUAAAGACGACCAACGAGGGAAAGGAGGCCGCCAGAGAAGUGGAGUCUGUUCCACGAGGAGGAGGAGAGAAGUCCACGUCACCAGCGUCUUCGGUCGCCAUGGAUGAGUUCCUGACUGAGGAUCAGCGGGCACCGGCAGCGCUGGAGGGGGGGACAGUGACGUCAGGGACGCCGCAGAUUUCCGAGUGUGAUGCACAGAAGUCGAAGGGUGGUGGCGAUCCGAAGAAGCAGUCAUUCCGACCUGCGACCGCGUCGGUGGCCCAGAACCGAUGCUCGGCAGAAACAGUGGACGAAACUGCAGCGCAGAAGAGAACGCAUCCCCAGCCGAUAUGUACUCUCGACAAAAGUAGUGAGAUGGUAGCACGCGUCUUCCAAAGAGACGCAAGUAACAUCUUCAAGGAGACAUCGCGGAGUGCAUCCCUGGAGGAGAGUAUGAACUACAAUGCCACAGUGCUUACCUCAUCAAUGUGCCGCUCUGACGUGAGCUCGAUCACACCAUUUAGUCUGCAUCACGAGCAUUCCACGUGCUUCACUAGCCGCAGCUCGACAACUGUAGAGAUAUUAUGGGAAGCUCGUCGCGAACGGCAUGAAGAGGAGCCAGAAAGGGUUCCAUUACGUGAGCAAGAGCGCCCCAAGACACCAUCAUCCACCACCUCCGGUGCUUUGUCUACCCCGCACUCGAUGACAGCGACAGAGUGCGAGGGCGAAGAGCAGCGACGUCAAACAUCAAAGUACUCUUUGAAGCAGAAGAAGACGCCAGAGACGGGUACAAUGACCUGUGCGUCCCAGGGGACUGUGCUUCCACUGCCGCGCUCCCGAGUCGAAGAGCUGAAGGUGCCCGGAGUGCCUAUGACAGGACCUUCAGCGAACAGUCGCCAGAGUGAUGUGACUGAGGGGAAGGAGGUGGUGCGAGGGAAGAAGGCAGUAGCAGACGCUAGGGCACCAGGAGCUUCUGCCGGCGAAGCAGCAAGUUUAACAGCAUUUACAGUGUCGGCCGAUGCUGCUUCCGCUGCUGUGGUGAUCGAGACGGGGCCCAAGGAUGACAGAGGCAAAGCGGCAAGAGCGAAUAGCGAAGGCAAGAAGGCUGACGGAAAGGUGAAGGCGGCCGUUGGUAAGAACGCGAAGAGCAAGGCGGCGACGGAGUCACCGGCAGGAGACGAAAAGGUAGUCGCGCCCACUCUCACUCAGUGGCCCGCUCCGUUCCCACUGCCUAAGCCGCGGCACGAGCAGACAGCUGCCGCCGAGGUGUCAGCCACCGCGAUCGCGAAGGCACCAGCGGCAGCAGGAAAGUCUACCCCUGGACAGACGGCCAACGGUGAAAAACGCGGUAAGAAAGCCACAGUGCCCACCAUGUCAAACAAGGAAGGCGUGACGAAUACACGAAAGGCCGCCGCUGCUGCGCCAGAACGGACUCAGACUUUGGCCGGGGCAGCAGCGGCCACGGCGUCGUCGUCGCAGUCUGUCAUGGCAGCACCGGCGGUGUUGCCAGUGCCGUUACCGCGCUCCGCGCAGGCAGCUGACGCUGAAGGCACGGUGCAGUCUGCUCAGACACCAGCGGAGAGUGGCGAGCUGCCACUGGAGGAGCCGGUACAGCGGCUCUGGCGCGACGCGCGAUGGGCAAACGCAGUUUCACGGUUGAGCCCGGCUGUUGAAACGGAUGGGCCUGCCUGGGAGCCAGCGAGUGAGCCAAAGCAGGAGGUGAAGGGCAAACACUCAGCGACCCUCACUGCUGAUGAUGGCGAAGAGCCCGACGAUGGCUACGACCUGGACGGCGUACUCAGUUUUCUCAGGCUUAAAGUGGACUACUCUUCUGUUAUGGACGAUGAAGAGGACCGAAGCAAUUCGGUGUCGUCAAAUGCGGACGAUCGGCACAACCCCACGUCCUUUCGUCAUUUCGAGUCACCGGAGGACUCGACAGUGGCAGUGCAGACGCCGCUGACGAACGAUCAUGUGGUGAAGUGCGGCUUAUCCGGAUCAACCGACUCGGGAAUCCCUGCCAACGUGUUUAGCACUGUGCCGCAGCCAUAUGACUGUGUCAACUCUGCGCAUGGGUCGCUCGCACUGGCGCAGCCGUCAAGGAGUGAGUCGCUGAUGGAGAGCUCACAGGACACCUUCCAAGCGAUUCAGUCAGCACCUGAGUGGACAGCAAAGGGUAGUAGUUCCUUCGGCGAUCUCUGCACAAACUCCGUCGCCUCUGCCAAUAACAACAUCACCAACGCUAGUGGCAACUACGUUCCAAACGGUGCCAGCUCUCCUGGAUUUCACGUCUUCUCCAUUCACCCAAACGCGACAGGGAUUUCCACGGCCGCCUCAAGCUCCUUGUCCCCGCAGCUGCAGUCGGUGCACAUGGGCAUUGCGUCGCAUGGCAGCGCCCCGCUGUUCCCUGUGGCGAUGGAGAGCUGCAUGGAGUCAUCGGUAACUGCACAGCACAUAGACUUUAAUGCUGCGGGCACCUCGUUGGGGUAUUACCAGGUGCCCCAGGUUGCCGUACCGCCCUCGCCACCGAUGGAUUCGCGGCAGUCUUCCUCAUCGCACAUGCCGUUCAGCGUCUCUACCGUCAACCUCAGCGCAUCACCGAUGUCGUCGCUGUCAAGCCUAGGGCGAACCAACACUGAUACUGGAAUCGAUCAGAACGGGGUUCUCUCUCGCCUGCAUGUCGUUCCUAACAGUAGGAUGGCGAUGAGUGAGCAGAUGGCAAUGCAGCAGUCGCCGCAAACGAUGAUGGUGAUGAUGCGCACCCCGGAUGGGCAGAUGGGCUUGUACCCGAUGGUGUACAACCAGCCGAUGCCCCUGCUGGAUGCAAGCGGGCUGAUGCAGCAGACGCAGAGAGCUCAAGUGACUGCACAGCAGCAGCAGCCCGUGUACGCCUCCGCUCCGCUGUUGCGAGGGCAUUCUGGGAUGGUGGGCUACCAGAUAGCACCUGACGGCUCGUACGUGAUGACAACGACGCCUGAGGUAUUGCAGCAGACAAUGAGCCAGCAUCAGCAGCAUCAAGAACCACACCAGCGGUUUUGA